UUGGCCUAAACUUAGCAUUUUUGUGUAAUGUUAGCUUAUUUAAGUAAUUAUACUCCUAAAUUUAGUAAUGUGCAACACAUUUGAUACGAUUAAAAGCCAUGAAUAGGGUAAAACAAGAACUGGAAUCGGAGAAUCUUGUAGCGUGUCGUAUUUGCCUGGCUUGGGAAGGGAAACUCUUUGACAUCAGAGAAUGGGGUCUCGACCAGGUUUAUGUGGAUCUUACGGGCACAAUUCUGUCGGCCUGGGACGGUCUCCCCCAGCACGUGUGCGCGUGGUGCCGCGCGGGGCUCGAGCGGAGUCGCGCCAUCCGCGCGCGCGCUCGCCGCGCCGACAAGCUGCUCAAGCAGGCGCUACAGCAGAUGCACUUGAUCUCAAACAGUUUCAUCAGAACUAUUGACAGAGAAGCACAAAAACUAACACAACCUCUCUCAAACCACAUUAAUAAAGAAACUAUACAUAUAGUAUUUGAAGAAACUCAACCAAGCAAUGAUGUAAAAGAUGAAUUGAAACGUGAUGAUAUCAUUGAUGAUGAUAAUCAUGAUGUGGAUGAUGAUCUGUUUUUGCCUACUGAUGAUACGAAAACAUUUGAUAUUAACUUCACUGAUGUCACAUUCGUUAAAGACGAUGAUUUGACGGAAGUUAGUCUAGAUAAAAGUAAAAUUGUAGUAGAAGAUAUAUUACCUAAAAGAACAACAAGAAAAUCAGCUAAAAGAAAAAAAGUAGAUACAGAAAUUGAGAUUGAAUCUCCUAAAAGAAAGAAAUCGCAAAAGAAAAGUCAAGUGAAAGAAGAAUCUUCAGUUAAAUUUGUAGUUAAAAAGAAGGAAACGCCUUUGAAGAAGAGUAAAAUAAAAAGGGAAGAAGAUUAUAAAGAGUUUGAGAAGAAGUAUGAUUUUGAAGUGAAGUGUUUAACGGAGGAGGAGAUGGUGGAAGAUAUGGAGAGACGGAAGUUGUCUGAGAAGGCCAUUAAGGGGGUGGUGAAGUGUCAGUUGUGUUACAAGGGCUUUAUGAACAACACUACUUUGGAGAAUCACAUGAGGAUCGCGCAUGAUCCGUCCGUCGGUGCGAACGAGUGCCACCUCUGCCACUGUCGCUACCGGUUCGCAGUGAACCUCCGGCAACAUUUGCAGAAUGCGCACCAGCUCAUGUUCAAGUGCAGGCAGUGCGGAGACAUCAUUUGGGGCGAAUCUCACGCGGUACUGCAUGCUGGUAUACACGCGGGGACCACUCUGAAGUGCCGACACUGUGACAAACAGUUUGUAAAGAAAACGACCCGCACAACACACAUGCGUAUGGCGCACCCGGUAGAGAACGCGGCCGGCGGCACGUGCGAAGUGUGUGGCGAGACCUUUACCAGCCGCCGCGGUCUGCGCAGCCACAAGGCGCGCUCACACAACAAGCAACUACAGCCGUCGGUGCCGGGGUUGUUCUGUCGCAAGUGCCGCGUGCAGUUUGAGAACAAGCCAGCCCUGCAGCGCCACAAGGAGCUGCAAGAUGGCCGCCGCUGCCACAACGACCACAGUGCGUGCGAGCAGUGCGGAGCAUUAUACCCGACAGAAGACGAGUUGAUCCGACACAAGCAUGAAGCGCACGGCGUACAACUGUUCGAGUGUGACGCGUGCUCAAAAUCCUUCCUAUCCAAGGUGUCACUCUCGGUCCACAUAGACAGAGUCCAUCUCAACAUCAAACCGGUUCGACCGAACCGACCGAAGCCAGUCGGCGAACGCCGCGGAGCUAAACCGAAGUCCAAACAGAAGUUCAAACUGGAUAACAUGUGUGAGAUCUGCGGGAAGGCUUACUCGUGCCUGGCGUUGCUCAAGACGCACCAGAUGCGUCACACAGGCGACCGGCCCUUCAAGUGCACGGAGUGCCCCAAAGGAUUCGUCACGGCCACGCUGCUCCGGGAGCACCGAGAUAUUGUACACGCGCGCCUGCGCAAGUACCGCUGCCCGGAGUGUCCCAAGACGUUCCUGCACCAAUCUUCCGUCUACGUGCACCGCGCUAUCCAUACGGGCGAGAAAGCGUACGAAUGCAGUUUCUGCGGCAAAGCGUUCACACAAGCCGGCACCUUACACACGCACGUCAAGUUUGUACACAUGAAGGUCAAACCCCCGCCGAGGAAGAGAAACAAGCAUAUGAUGGACGCUUAACGCGUAGUUACAGAUAUCGCAGCUAUAUGAUUUGCUUCUGCGGCAACGCAUUAACACACACAUGUCAAGUUUGUGCACAUGAAGGUCAAACCCCCGCCGAGGAAGAGAAACAAGCAUACGAUAGACGCUUACCGCGUAGUUACAGAUAUCGCAGCUAUAUGAGUUGCUUCUGCAGACGGCGCUAACACACAUACGUCAAGUUUGUGCACAUGAAGGUCAAACCACCGCACGGGAAGAGAAACAAACACAUAGACUUAGCGUAGUUACAGAUAUCGCAGCUAUAUGAGUUGCUUCUGCAGACGGCGCUAACACACAUACGUCAAGUUUGUGCACAUGAAGGUCAAACCACCGCACAGGAAGAGAAACAAACACAGACUUAACGCGUAGUUACAGAUAUCGCAGCUAUAUGAGUUGCUUCUGCAGACGGCGCUAACACACAUACGUCAAGUUUGUCACAUGAAGGUCAAACCACCGCACGGGAAGAGAAACAAACACAUAGACUUAGCGUAGUUACAGAUAUCGCAGCUAUAUGAGUUGCUUCUGCAGACGGCGCUAACACACAUACGUCAAGUUUGUGCACAUGAAGGUCAAACCACCGCACA